AUGGCUGCGUUUCGUGAAGGCAUUAAUAUAGAACUUGCACUGCAAGUUAAAACAAUUAUUAUCGACAAGGAGCCAUCUGAAAUUAGUGCGAUUAGUGUUGUAUUUCCUGAUACAGCCAUUCAGCUCUGCUCGUUCCAUGUCUCGAGAGUUCUUAAUGAUAAGACAAGCAAGGAGCCAGAGGCAAAGCCAACCAUUUAUCAGUUGAGAGGCACCAUAGAGAACACUGAGUUCCAGAAUCUUGUGAAAGAGUUGGAAGUAAAAUCCAGCCCAACUUUUUUCCCAUAUUUUGAGGAAAAUUGGAUAAACUGUCCUCAAGGAUGGGGCAACCGAGACAAAAUGAAAAGCAUUACUUUUGGUAACACCACCACCAACAGAGUAGAGAACCAUAGCUCCAAAAUUAAAAUGGUCCUUAAUUGCCACUCCACUCUCUCUGAGGUUAUAGAGAAACUUCUAGAGAUUGUUAAGAACAAGGAUGAGGAUGUCCUUUACAGAGAUGUGAUUGAAAACCUCAAAGACACUGCACGAAAUUUCGGAGUUGGUACCCCUUCGCUCGCGAGUAAUACCAAUCCAGUUCUGAAACAAAUUCUUCAGGAUCUUACCAAAUUUUCUGCAAAACUGCAAAUAUGGGAGCAUGAUUCUGCACCAGAUGAAGAAGAAAUGGCAUACUAUGAUAGCACAGAGUCUGAAUGCUGCUGCCUCCUCUUCUGGAGCUUUGAGUUGCCAUGCAGGCAUAUCUACCAGAAGAGGCGACAAGCAGGUUUAUAA